AUGAAGUUCACUCUCGCCGCCACUUUCGUCUCGACCAUCUUCCUCGUCGUUACUGCUCUUCCUCAGCCCGAUGCACCCCGCCUCCAGCGUCGCACUUGCAAUUUCCCUACCGUUCCUCUCCUCCGUGCCUUCAAACCUUCGGUUACGGACCACUACUACACGACCAAUGCCACUCUGAUGAAGAACGCGGUGGCCAACCUAGGCUUCGAUCGCGAAGGAACUGCCGCGAUCGUUCAUCCCGACCAGACCCCGAUCACGAUCCCGCUCUACCAGCUUUACAGCCCUUCUUGGACGGACCACUUCUACACUACCUCGGCCAGCGAACGCGACAACGCCGCCCAGAACCUCACAUACUUCGAGGAGGGCAUCGCCGCUUACGUGUACGAGACGCAGUUGUGCGGUACCGUGCCGCUGUAUAGGAUGUACAACCCGUCGUCUACGGAUCACUUUUACACGACCAACGCGACGGAGAAGGACAACGCUGUCAAUAAGCUGGGGUACCAUUACGAGGGGAUCGCUGCCUAUGUCAACCCUCAGCCCUGA